GCAGUAACUUUGAAAGUCGGCAAUGGCAGCACACUUGAAAAAGAGGGCCUUAGCCGAAUUUACUCGUGUUAUUCAGGAGGAAAAGCCUCCAGAGCCAAAACGCCUCCGUCUGAUCCAGAAGCCACCCCCCUCCGUCCCCCCAGUACAGCUAGAACUCCACACAGCCGCCAACUCCCAGGAGGCUCUCCAGUCCCUGGUCGCCUUCGAACAGCACCUCCCUGUUGAUCUUGCCACCGCAGAAAAUGCAGUUCGUGGACUACUGGAUCAUUUCUAUAAAGAGAAGGAGUCAUUUGUUCGUGUCAAAGUACUGCUGGUGUUGGCACAAGUGGUUAAGACUCCGGGAUUCAAUGCAGCAGCCAUUGUGGAUGAUUUGCUCAAUGCUUUCAAGAGAGAAGUGUCUCAUACUGUGUCCAGUCAGAUAAUGAACACUCUGCUGGUGAUAGGAAAGUUACAACCAACAGAUAGGAAACUACAUGGCCAGCUGAUCUCUGUGGCAAAUGAGAAACUUCAAGAUACCAGCCACUUGGUGAGAUGUAAAUGCUUGGAACUGAUUGGUGCUUUAGCAUCAUGUGACAGCACGUCCCCUGCUGAGGGCGAAUCAGAUUCUUUGUUACAAGUACAGAAGAUGCUGUGUAGUUAUACCCAGGACCAGGAUGCCAGGGUCAGGGCCAGUGCUUUGAGGGCUUUGGCCAGCCUUCAUGAGCGCGGCAUUCUCCUGGACAUGUACGUCUACAGACAGGCAGGCGGGGCGCUGACAGAUGACUACGAGUCCGUGCGACUGCAUGCUGUGAAGCUGCUCUGGGUGAUGGCACACUUGUAUCCUGAGAGUAAAGUGACUUUGAAAAAGUCUAAAGAAAAGAUUCGGCUUGUAGACGACACUUUUGUCAAGAUUUGCAACAUGAUGAAUGACCUCUCUUGGAAAGUCAGAGCUGAGGCAGCAGGGUUACUGGGCUCACUACACCUUGUUAGUCCAAGAUUUUUAGAACAAACAUUGGACAAGAAGUUGAUGUCUAACAUGAGGUUGAAAAUGAGUGCCCAUGAACGCCAGAAGGAGCACUUUCAGAGUGGGGAGUGGGCGUCUGGAAACAAGUGGGCUGACGACGCUCCGAGAGGAGAGGUGGACGAGGACGACGUCAGUCUGAUGUCUGGAGGAGCUUGCGGCGCCUUUGUUCAUGGGUUGGAAGAUGAAUAUUUAGAGGUCCGAAACGCUGCGGUGGACUCCCUGUGUGAGCUGGCCUCUCACAAGCCGAGCUUUGCCAACCAGUCUCUGGACUAUCUUGUGGACAUGUUUAACGAUGAAAUAGAGAGUGUACGGCUCAAUGCCAUCAACAGUCUGCGAAAGAUGUGUCAGCAUUUCUCUCUGAGAGAAGAUCAGGUGGAGAUAAUCACCUCAGGACUGCUGAAGGAUUUCAACCAUGAGAUCAGAGAAUCGGUUCACAACAUGUUCUGUUGCGCCACCUUAGCAACCACCAAUGGGCUGCGAGAUAUCAUCUUUGCCCUCCUUGACAACCUGAAACGCUACCCACAGGACAGAGCCUCUAUAUGGAAGUGUAUGCAGCACCUAGGAGAGCACCACCCAGCCCUCUCUCUGCCUCUAAUACCAGAACUUCUCAGUGUGUAUGUAUUUAUAUUAGUCUAUCUAUCCUGUCAGGUGUAUGCAGCACCUAGGAGAGCACCACCCAGCCCUCUCUCUGCCUCUAAUACCAGAACUUCUCAGUGUUCACAUGUACUUUGACACACCUGAGCCAGACAUGGAUGAUCCAGCCUAUAUUGCGGUGCUGCUCCUGGUAUAUAAUGCAGCAGCAGACAGUCCCACCAUGGUUCCUCUCCUCCCAGAACACACACUGAGACACUAC